CAGCACGUCGAGCCGUUAACGGUCGUCACGUCGUACGUCAGCUGGGUGAGUGUUUUGAAAGGAGAUGACUGGUUAGCUGGCCAGCAAGUGGGAUUAUACUGCAGCGGAAACCGUAGCCAGCUAGAUAAUGAACGGUGAAAGAUCCAGACCGGGCUACCCCCUGUCCGGGUGAUGGCAGCUCGUCUGCCGUCAUAUGACAGCAACUCCAGUGAUACAGAAAACUGGGAACGAAAAACAGCGAGCCGACCGCGCAAACUCUGCAGGCAUUCAAGCAGCAGCCAAGCCCGUACGUCUCAAGUGAAGGAAGAACAUAGGAAGAUGAGCUUACAUGGUGCCAGCGGGGGCUGUGACCGCUCACGUGACCGCCGCCGCUCCAGCGAUCGCUCCAGGGACUCCUCGCAUGAGAGAGAAGGCCAGCUUACCCCUUGCAUUCGCAACGUCACAUCACCCACCCGCCAGCACAACAGUGAUCGUGAUCGAGAUGGCGGCUCGUCAUCGAGGCCCAGUAGUCCGCGGCCUCAGAGAGUCUCACCCAGCGGUUCCAGCAGCAGUGGGGUGGUGAGCAGUCGCAACAGUAGCUUGUCCAGCACCGAGGGCACUUUCAAAAGCUUGGCAGCUGGAGAAAUGGUUUUUGUCUAUGAGAAUCCUAAGGAAGGGGGAGCCGGUGGCACAGUUGGAAACCGAAACAUUCGGACCUCAGAGAGAGUCACUCUGAUUGUUGACAACACACGCUUUGUAGUGGAUCCUUCUAUCUUCACUGCACAGCCCAAUACCAUGUUGGGCAGAAUGUUUGGAUCUGGAAGAGAACAUAAUUUCACACGGCCCAACGAGAAAGGGGAGUACGAAGUGGCUGAGGGGAUUAGCUCAACAGUUUUCAGAGCAAUUCUGGAUUACUACAAAUCUGGGAUAAUCCGUUGUCCUGAUGGAAUCUCUAUCCCCGAGUUGCGUGAGGCGUGUGACUAUCUAUGCAUCUCUUUCGACUACAGCACCAUCAAAUGCAGAGACCUCAGUGCCCUGAUGCAUGAGCUGUCCAAUGAUGGAGCUCGGCGUCAAUUUGAGUUUUACCUCGAGGAAAUGGUUCUGCCUCUGAUGGUGGCCAGCGCCCAGAGCGGAGAGAGGGAAUGUCACAUUGUAGUCCUUACCGAUGAUGAUGUGGUUGACUGGGAUGAAGAAUAUCCACCACAAAUGGGGGAAGAGUAUUCACAGAUUAUUUACAGCACAAAACUGUACAGAUUCUUCAAGUAUAUCGAAAACCGAGACGUUGCCAAAUCAGUUUUAAAAGAGCGGGGACUGAAGAAAAUAAGGCUGGGCAUUGAAGGUUACCCUACGUAUAAAGAGAAAGUCAAGAAAAGACCAGGAGGUCGUCCAGAGGUCAUUUACAACUACGUCCAGAGGCCCUUCAUCCGCAUGUCCUGGGAAAAGGAGGAGGGUAAAAGCCGCCAUGUUGAUUUCCAGUGCGUUAAGUCCAAGUCGAUCACCAACCUAGCAGCAGCAGCAGCUGACAUCCCCCAAGAUCAGCUGGUGGUGAUGCACCCUGGCCCCCAAGUGGAUGAACUGGAUAUCCUGCCUAAUCACCCACCUAGUGGGAACCACUACAGCAACAACUACAGCAAUGAGCCUGAUCCUGAUGCACCUUCACCUGCUGUCUGAGGACACGUUGGUCUUCUUUCAAUGCCUCUGCCCCUCUCCUACUCUUCUAGUCCUACUCCCAGCAUGCUGCAGCAUGGAGCGCUAGGGGCACCAUAACCAUAUUGCCUUGACACCUCCUUUGCAGCCUUAGAGCCUCAAGAACCUGGAUGACUGUAGGAAAAAAAACACGAGGAACAUAAGACUGGUGAAAAGAACAUUUCACUAUUGUUUUCAUUUUGGGGUUUUUGUUUUGUUUUGUUUUUUACUUGACCAAAGGAAGGAAUCUAUUUUUGUUUGGGGG